UUCCUACUGGGCCCUCCCAGUGCAGGAGAGGGCUGUUAUAUUACCAGAGCAUCUAACAUACACAUCAGAAUUGGCAUCGAGGAGCUGAGCGGAGAGGCAGCCUGGACUCUAAUUAGGUUUGGAGAAACCAGGAGCCUGCAUGAUGGUGGGGAAGCCCACGCUUCACUACUUCAACGGACGAGGCAGAAUGGAGUCCAUCGGGUGGCUCCUGGCUGCGGCGGGAGUAGAGUUUGAAGAGAAAUUUAUAGAAACUCCAGAAGACCUUGACAAGUUAAGAAAUGAUGGGAGUUUGAUGUUCCAGCAAGUGCCAAUGGUUGAAAUUGAUGGAAUGAAGCUGGUACAGACCAGAGCCAUUCUCAACUACAUUGCCACCAAAUACAACCUGUAUGGGAAGGACAUAAAGGAGAGAGCCUUCAUUGAUAUGUAUGCAGAAGGUAUAGCAGAUAUAAAUGAAAUGAUCAUGCUUUUGCCAAUAUGUCCACCGAAUGAAAAAGAUGCCAAGAUUGCCCAGAUCAAAGAGAAAACAACAAAUCGCUAUCUCCCUGUGUUUGAAAAUGUGUUAAAGAGCCACGGACAAGACUACCUUGUGGGCAACAGGCUGAGCAAGGCUGACGUGCACCUGGUUGAACUUCUCUACUACGUGGAAGAGUUUGACCCCAGCCUCCUGGUCGGCUUCCCACUGCUGAAGGCCCUGAAAAGCAGAAUCAGCAAUCUCCCUACUGUGAAGAAGUUCCUGCAGCCUGGCGGGCAGAGGAAGCCUCCCGUGGAUGAAAAAAGUUUAGAGAAAGCAAAGAAAAUUUUCAGGUUGAAAUAAAGCAGGCCUGGCUGUCCAGCACCCUCAGGACCCAUCUUUUGAAUUUGUCCAACACUGAAAUUUGUUACCUACAUGUAGAUCCUGGCUAUUGUGAGACCAAUGAACUAUUCCCAAGUUUUAGUUGUUACCUAAAUAAUAAAAUUCCUAUGAGAAGA